AUGUCCAAAAGAAUUAGAGCUAGUAUCAUACUUGCGGUUCACACCGCUCUUGCCAUAUUUUUAUUUCUAGCAAGUUCGAAACUUCUCAAUGAUAGCGAUAACCAGAAAGAAGGCAUCUUCAAAGUUGAACUAGGUCAAAAUCUUUUCUCUCGAGGUCUUCCCAUCCCUACAGAUGGUAUCCCCUCCCAGGUAACAGAAGUAGUCGGAGGGGCCGGCGACGUUGCCAAACAAGCAACUAUCGCGAUCGCCCAAGCUACAAAUGUCGUUCAAGAUGUCCAAAGUAAGAUUACUAGCGCAAUUGCGGCCGGGGAAACACUUUUGCAUGGGCUCGUUCCAGAAGCUUUAGCAGUCGGGACCACGACCGGAUGUGUGGAAUAUGGCGGCGGUCGAUCCGACUGCAUGAAGUUCCCGGUCGACGACGAUAAGAUCUUGGGCAUCAUCUAUAAUCUAUCGGACGGAGCUAGCUCCCUUGUAACGCAAUUAGGGCAUCUCCCUUCGCUGCAAAGCUUGUUCAUUGCUGGUCUCGCUUGCUUCGCCACAUCAGUCGUCUACUCGGUCGUAAACACGCUGCUUGUGAUUUUGCAAAUAACAAGUAACGGAUGGUUAUUGAAAGCCCUUGCAUACAUUAUCAUCAGUAUAAGUAUAUGCGCUUGUGGCUUGUUUGCCUCCUUCAUGGCAUUUGUUAUCAUCAUAUGGUCUUCUGGUCGCGGGUUAGCAGAAGUCACUAGAGGCUCCUUUCAAUCAGGUCCAGCACUAUGGGUGUCUAUUGCUUCGCUAGUUGCCUCCGCUUCUCAACUGGCUUGUCUUGUGCUUGGGAAGUGUAUAGGGGUCUAG